AUCUCAAACUACGGAUAAUUCAGAUUCAGAACCUUCGGUCCAAGCAAUAUAGUCCCUUUGCGAGAAUUUCCGAGGCUAGACGCUGCCCAUGUGAACAAAGAGUUCAGGAAAGCAUUGUUGUUGUUUCGCAUUGCAUCGCGUUGUGCUUGCGUCGGGUCGGGUCGGGUCGCGUUUCGUUUCGUUUUAAUGCAUAUUCGUUUCGUAUUGGUUGGGAGCAUUGAAUACCGCACGGUAAUCAACUGUGCUACGUACUGUACUGAGCACCUAACAUAGCUUGCUAAGACACGAGUACCCAGUUGGUUGUCGAUAGAUUGAUUGCUUCGCCUGUUUGUGUGUCGUGUUCUGUUGCGUUUCAUUAUUCGCGGGAUUCAAGAGUGAAUAGGAGAAACGUUUUCGAGAACGUUUUCCGCAAUUGCUGGUGUUAAGCAAUUUUGUCUGAUAUACGCUCCAAAGCAAUCGCAUGCGCAACGACACACAUGUGCAAGCCCACCGCCUGAAUCGAAUAGAAUCUAAACGAACCGAUUAACUGUGAUGACCAAGCCCGACCCUCUCGACGAUGUCUUCGCAGAUGCCGAGGACGACGUAUACGGCCGGGUUCGAGCACCAAACUUCCACGAUUGGGAGCACCACAACGGUCGUCGUCGCUUUCUUUCUCGCUUGCGGUACCUCGGUAGAGAUAAAUCGAGGUCCGGAAACGGUAACGGAGGCGGUGGCGAAUGCUUGGGCGUUGGUGGAUACGACGGCCUUUCCGAGUACGAUGCCCAAGCCGAGGUGACCUGUUUCCGGCCCAUCCUGCCGUCUCCGCUUCGAGAGCUGUCGUACAAACCCCGAACCGGUUGGAGGUACAAUCCCUCCGCAAGAAAUGCACCCUUUCUGGAUCGAUUAGGCACGGGGAUUGCCGAACAAACGGGACGCCGAAACAAAAAACAAACACGAACCAACCAUCCGCUACAAAACAAACACAGGGAAACAACCACCAUCAACAGCAGUGGCAAUCAGAAUGCAGUGUCGAAUACAAAAGCGCAAUUCAACACUGAUGUUCGUCUUCCAAUGCCGUCUACGUCCAUGAUCGUACCCGUGGCGUGGACGUCGGGCCUCCCUAUAGAAAAAAAUACCUGUAAAAAAUUCACCGACCAGACAUUCACCACGGCCAACAACGACAGCGCCGACAUAUCAACGGCCCUGGAACGAAAACGAGGGAGGGACACAGUUGACACUACUGGGAAUUUGCCUCCCAGAAAAAUGCAACGCUUUUCGGAUAGUUCAACGGUCGUGACAAACUCGACCGGAGGCGACUCUUUGAGCUCCUCUACUAUCGCAUCGAACAAGACCAAGCCGACCGGAGCGGCACCACUAGGGAGCAUAUAUCCCAAGGCAGCUCUCUACCAAUGGUAUGGAAAGAAACCCCGGAAGAUGCAGGUAUCGUGCGAUCAGUAUCUUACGUGGGAAUGCGAUGGGACGGCUCUGCACCAACCAAACUUCACCACCGUUUUCAUCUGCCCGAUGACCAAGGAGGCCUUCCUGGCCGGGCCCCUGCGCAUUGCCAUCGGAGACCCUAAUUCCUCUCAGGCGAUAACCCCCGACAAGGACGGUCUCUAUUGGUAUCCUCGAAAAGUCUUGGCCGAGCACGCCGCCGCUGCCAGGGCGUGGGACAGCUUGUUGUGGAGAGAUACCGGCGGCUGCGACGAAACCCUUGUGCGGUUUGGUGGAGCGGAGCCCUACUGGCCGUCGCAGCGGCCCGUGUGGCCCUUCCAUCGGAUUCCGGCUGCGGUCCUGGAGCGCCUUCCACCGGAUCAACGCCCGGACGCGGCUGCGAACGGUGCAAAGAAGGAAGAAGACGAAGCGAUGGCCUGUGUCGCUUCCGGGGCCGAUCCAGCGAGCGCGAAGCAUGGCGCAACGAACUCAACUGUUCAAUGCGCAAACAAUGCUGGGAGCAACCGAAACCUGAUUCCCGGAGGGAGGGGACAGGGUCGAGGAGGACGACAUUCCCGGAGCAACAAAAGGGAAGAGGAUUUUGCGAUGAGAAAGCGAGAACGAGACCAAUACACGGCUCGUCGAAGGCAAAACAAUCGCAGUCCUUAUGGGAAACCAAACAACCAUUAUGUACGACCGCAGCAGCAACAGCAGUGGCCACCUCAACCAGCCGGCCACAAUUCUCAGCCGUAUUCUUCGGGACGGUCUCACGCAUCGAUGCCUUUGGGUGAUAUGCAACGCCAAGAUCGAUACGAUUACUUCCCGAGAGAAAGACAUCAAAGCCGAAAUCUUACGCAGCUGCAGCCAUACCAUAAUCAAUUUCAACACGUCGGUAGCAUGCAGCAACACCAACAGCAGCCUCAUCAGAUUUACAAUCAACAGCAGCCGCAACAAUACAAUCGGCAACCGUUGAUACCGCCGCCGCCGCCACCGCUACCACCAGGACUGCCGCCACGAGUGAUACCACCGCCGCCGCCUCCCCCUCCGAGCAAUCGCCUUCGGCCUUGACCAGAAUAGAUCGCUUAGCGACUACGACAACUAGAUAGUGUCUGUAUCGAUGGAAGGUAUAUUGGGGAUCGUAAGGAAUGGAUGCCAGAAAUGUAGCAGAAAGGUUUAGUUUCCCGUGUUGAUAACUUUAUCCUGUCCCUAUGCGCACUGAUAGGAGUGUAAAGAAAGCAAUCGAAUACAACGAUAAUAGAGCUAAGAAAUACAUAAUUGAGCC